CAUUUCUGAUACAUCUAUGAGCACGUAGAACCUGCGUGCAUGCCGAUGGCUUCGCCGCCGCUGCCGACGAUGUCAGGAGGCCCGCAUUACCGGUCGCGGUUCGGAGACACGACGUGGACCAAGGUCUUCGUCGGCGGCUUGGCAUGGGAGACGCCCAGCGAGGAGCUCCGCCGCCACUUCGAGCAGUUCGGCGACAUCCUCGAGGCCGUCGUCAUCACCGACAAGGCCACCGGCCGAUCCAAAGGCUACGGUUUCGUAACGUUUCACGACGCGGAGGCUGCACGGCGGGCGGUGGUCAAUCCGAAUCCAGUGAUCGACGGCCGGCGAGCGAACUGCAGCAUCGCCGCUUUGGCAGUGCCCAGAAACCCCCGAAGAGAACAAGGGAGGAUUCAGAGGCUGGGCCAAGAGGGGAGCAUGCAACAGGGGGCGGGACCAGGGACGGCCUAUGGCAGAGUGCCAGCUCAGGUUUAUGGCUUACCCUUCUGA